AUGGCGCCAGAUCCAAAGGACGCGCCGUUUCCGACCAAGCAGCUCAUUAUCAUCGGAAUAUGCCGAUUCUCCGAGCCUCUUGCGUUCAACUCCAUCCUCGCCUACUCGUCGUUGAUGGUGCAGGACCUGGGGAUCCAUGAGCGCGAUGCCCCCUUCUACGCGGGACUGCUGGUUUCGGCCUAUGCUGUUGCAGAGGCCAUGACCGCGCCACUGUGGGGGACCAUCUCCGACGUCUAUGGCCGCAAACCCAUCGCCCUGAUUGGUCUGCUCGGCGUGGCCAUGUCGAGCAUUCUUUUUGGCGUCGCCGAGACGUACUGGGUCGCGCUGCUUGCUAGAUUUGUGGGCGGUGCGCUGAACGGAAAUGUCGCCAUCAUGCAGACCAUGGUGGCUGAAAUGGUCAAGAACCCGGCUCACGAACCACGAGCAUACGCAACCCAGCCCUUCGUUUGGACUCUGGGAGGCAUCAUCGGUUCCGCCAUGGGCGGUUUCCUCGCGCGGCCUGCCGUAUUCUACCCCAACGCCUUUGCGGCAGAUGGCCUAUUCGGGCGCUACCCCUACCUUCUUCCCAACCUCGUAGCAGCUAUUGGAAUCCUCCUAGCUAUUGUCCAAGGCAUGCUCUUCCUCGAGGAGACACUCGUCCAACCUGAAAAGGAGGAGGAGAACGUACACGGCUACGGCGCUAUUGACCACCACGGCCCCGAUGUCCACGAGCGAAGCCGACUUCUUGCGCCGCACGGGCAUCCAUACCAAAACCCUCGAGAUCGCGAUGUACGUGGCUCUUUCGCGCAAUCAGUGCGCGGACGUGGCUCUAUUGCGAGUUUCACGCGUGAGCGUCUGGGAUCGAUAUCUGUUCAGGGCAGCAUCCGUCAUAUCCGCAAACGUGCAUCUUUCAUGGAGGAGGGUAUGCCCUUGCCAUAUGCUCAGAAUUUCGACAUCCGCCGCGCGUCUUUUGGUACCAUGCAUUCCAUCAGGGUUGCUCCACACAAUGUACUUCCCAUGCGUCAACCCCCAACGCAGCCGCGGAAGACCAUGAACAGGACAGUGGUAAUGAUCAUCGUCGCUAUGGCCAUUUUCGCGUUCCAUCAAAUGGCCUUCAUCACCACACUUCCCGUUUACAUCCUCGACGAGCCGACUAGCCGUGGUCUUGACUUCAAGGGCGGUCUUGGUUUGACACUGCACGACGUGGGCGCCUUUCUCGCCAUCAACGGAUUCAUUUCACUGUUUGUUCAGGGCUUUGUCUUCCCCAUUUUUGUGGAACACGUCGGUGUAUGGAAGUCAUUCGUCUGGAUGAUCAUCCUUUACCCAACGACCUACGUCAUCAUUCCAUUUAUCAGCGCUCUGCCCACCGAGUUCGAAACGUUUGGUGUUUACUUCUCACUAAUCUUGCAGGCCUUCUACGGUAUCAUCGUGUUCCCCUGCGCAUUGAUCCUUAUGAAGAACGCCACACCUUCACCCCUCGUCUUGGGUCGCGUUAACGGACUGGCCAUGUCAGCGUGCUGCCUUGCGCGAACCUUUUCGUCACCCCUCGUUGGGUUGAUCUACUCGCUUGGAGGUUCCGCAGCGGCAUGGUUUGGUCUUACCAUCAUCGCAGUCAUUGGCGUGGUUCAACUGAUCUGGGUACCCAAGGAGGAUGUCGGCCCCGUCGAGAUCGAGAAUGUGCUGAAGAAGGUCAUUCAUCACGAGGAUGAUGAUGACAACGCGGUAGACGAUGUGUCGGUCAUCGACUCCGUGCGAUAA